AAUUGGAAAUUCUGCAAAAUUGAAAGUGGGCUUGGCACUAUCCUAUACAACUACAAAAACAAAGGUAGUUGAACAGCCUUACCCAUCUACGCCUUCAACAUAAAGCCUAGUCCUUUAAUCUUCAAGUUCCCAUCUUUCUCCUGUGUACCUCCUGCAUAGUGGAUCUAAGACGAGAUCAUCAAGAUUCAAGGUGCUUUGCUUCUCUGACUCCAACUUGCCUCACUAUUUCCAUCACUGGAUUCUGCAAGUGACUGCUUUAUUUGAUAGAGAUAAGGGGACAUAAGAUGAAGGCGACAAAGAGGCCGAUCAACGCAGUGGCCACAUGGGUCCGAAGGCAACCGCCCAAGAUCAAGGCUUUUUUAGCGGUGGUUUCCGGGAUGGCAGCUUUGGUUUUUCUUCGGAUGGUGGUUCACGAUCACGAUAACCUCUUCGUUGCUGCCGAAGCUGUUCAUGCCAUUGGAAUCUCUGUCCUAAUUUACAAGCUUAUUAAGGAGAAGACUUGUGCCGGACUUUCACUGAAAUCACAGGAGCUGACAGCUAUAUUUUUAGCUGUUAGACUCUAUUGCAGUUUGGUCAUGGAAUAUGACAUACACACUUUACUUGAUUCAGCUACAUUGUUGACAACACUAUGGGUGAUUUAUAUGAUUCGCUUCAAACUGAGGUCCAGUUAUAUGGAUGAAAAAGACAACUUUGCAAUUUACUAUGUGUUAAUACCUUGUGCUGUGCUAUCUUUGAUUAUUCAUCCAACAACGCACCAUCAUAUAAUAAACAGGAUUUGCUGGGCUUUCUGUGUUUUUCUUGAAGCUGUUUCAGUAUUGCCUCAGCUUCGGGUCAUGCAGAACACAAAGAUUGUUGAACCUUUCACAGCACAUUAUAUAUUUGCACUUGGAGUUGCAAGGUUCUUGAGUUGUGCGCAUUGGGUGCUUCAGGUAUUGGAUACUCAUGGACGUCUUCUGACUGCACUGGGCUAUGGCUUGUGGCCUCCUAUGGUCCUUCUUUCAGAAAUUGUCCAGACGUUCAUUCUCGCUGAUUUUUGCUACUACUAUGUGAAGAGUCUCGUUGGUGGACAACUUGUUCUACGUCUCCCCUCAGGGGUGGUGUAAGGCAAAUUCAAUGUGCAGAAAUGCUUCCAGACACGGCCAAAUACAGGGCAAUGCAGCUGCUUCUAUGGGGUUACUGGGGAUUAGUUUAUUGUAGUAGGUGGACUGUAAAGUUGGAGGUGCAUUGGAUUUUGGUGUUCUCAUAAUUUAAUAGAAUUAUUUCACCCUGAGCAGUAGGAUUUUACAGAUGAUACAAGAUUCAGAUUGUUUUUUCAUCAUUGAUAUGCAUUCUGCGAGACUACGACCAUCUUUUUCUACAUAAGCUAUUAAUCUUGAUUAACCAUCCUU